CAGUAGGAGUGGCCGGGGAGCUGGCAGGCUGUUGUGCGUGGAUCGUGGAUUCCAGCUGGGAUAUUUCCUGUCAGCAGCAGAAAGCCGAGCAGAGGGAUGGCAGAGGACAGCUCCGAAGCGAGCGGCCCCGUUCACCGGCGAUGUUUGCCCCACUCUCCGCCGGAGAGACCCGCUGUCGGGGCAUCGAAAUGGAUUCGGCUUAACGUCGGGGGAACGUAUUUUUUAACGACGAGACAGACGCUUUGUCGAGAUCCCAAAUCAUUUUUGUACAGACUGAGCCAAGCUGACCCGGAGCUCGACUCUGACAAGGAUGAAACUGGUGCCUAUCUCAUUGACAGAGACCCUGCAUACUUUGGGCCAGUGCUGAACUACUUGAGGCACGGCAAACUGGUGCUCAACAGGGACUUGGCAGAGGAAGGUGUGCUAGAAGAAGCUGAGUUCUACAACAUCACAUCAUUAAUAAAGCUCAUCAAGGACAAAAUUGGGGAACGUGACUGCAAAACUACACAGAUUCCAGUUAAACAUGUGUACCGGGUCCUACAGUGCCAGGAGGAAGAGCUGACGCAAAUGGUGUCCACCAUGUCUGAUGGCUGGAAGUUUGAACAGCUUGUCAGUAUAGGUUACGGGCGGGCCCACCAGUCAGAGUUUCUGCUGAUUGUGUCAAGGGAGGUGAAGGGAGAGGAGUCUGCUUUGCCAAACAGCGGAGAGCUGGUCAGCAUAGGCUCUUCUUACAACUAUGGAAACGAAGACCAAGCUGAGUUCCUGUGUGUAGUCUCCAAGGAGCUGCACAAUCAAUCAUAUGGGACAAACACAGAGCCCAGUGAGAAGGCUAAGAUUCUUCAAGAAAGGGGAUCCCGGAUGUGAAGAGGACUCAGUAUUAUGAGCUCCAGGUGUUAUGGCGCAAACAUAUCAUCUUUGUGAAAGACUUUUGGCACAGUGGAAAUUUAAAUGGGGGCGUACACGUAAUUUGGUUUUCCUCCGUUUUCAUUUUUAUUUCUGGAUGUAAAUAAGUGUUUUGACUAUUUGUGCCUGUUUGUUUAAACUGGACCUUUUGAAUUGGCAACAGUUUUUUGUUUUGAAUGAAAGUAAAGAACUGUAAUCAGAAAAUGUUUUAUACUAUAAAAUCUGGCCCUCAUUGUGUGAGGCCAAGGAUUCACUCAGGGCCGUCUAUUUGAGUUCAUUCUUAUAUCUUCUAACUCAUGGAUCUUAAGGGAUCAAUUAAGGCCUUUAUCUGAAAAUAUCGAACACAAUAUCAUUUCAUUGAACUAAUAUAAGAAGGGAAUUUGCUUUAGUUGGUCAAAUUACGCAUGAUUUUAAUGGUAAACUGUAAACCCACUUGAAAUAUUCUAAUGUUUUUGCUGAUGUUUGUGGUCAUGAGGAUCUCUGAUCUAACAUUUUGUCACAUGCUUUUAAGGACGUAUCUUCCUGAUUCAUAAAUAUCAGCGACUAGUCGUGGAAAAAGGGAACAUAAAUUACAUGCUAAUUAGCGUUCUAUUAAGUUUUAGCAGUGACAGUUGUGAGAAGUAACCUCUGCCUCUUCUUGGGACAGUAUGAAAACUUGACGUUAAUGAAAGUAUCAGUCAUUUGUGGAAUUUCCUUUGCCUAAUAUAGCAAAAUUACAAAGCGUAAGAGUUCUGUAGCAUUCCCUAAGCUAAAUGUGUUGCAAGUUACUUGUGGCACGACCUUUUGUUUUAACCUGUCAAAGUAAUCAGUGAGUCAAUAUAUUGAUCGGUGACCUAGUGAAAGCUGCAGUCACAGCCGUAGCACACUGACAUGCCUGCGCCUAAAUCAAGUAAUUGCAUUUACCAGAAUAACACAAACUACUCCUUGUAUAUAGUUUUUUUUUUUUUUUUUUUUUUUUAUAGCCAAGACUUUGUUUUGCUUAUUGCAGGUAUAACUGGGUGGGGUUAUGUUUCAUGUUUGCGAAGCCCCAAAGUUCUCUGUAUACACAUGAAUUAAAAAAACAAACAAAAAAAAAAACAAACUCCCCCAGCUAGAGGUACAAGUUAGGUCUGAAACAGAUCAUUUUAUGCUUCUGUGACGUAAGUCACAAUUUAUCCUUCCUCUGUGAGACACCUACUAAGCCGGUUUGUGCUCUAAUGCUGCAUUCGAUGUACUUUGGAAGUGAGAAGUUGGAACUCAAAAUUACAUCACUUUCGACCUCUUGUACUUCUGAUAAGUGUUCAAAUUCUGAAGUCGGGGUUUGAAACCUUUUCUGAGUUACAGAGUAGGAAUUCCAAUUUGUGGCUUUUUCUUUCCCCAUGUUUGUCGGAAUUCAGAAAUUCCCAGUUUCCAUUGAAUGCAACACCGACAUUCACCCUUCACUGUUCUGCUUCCCCCUCCCUUUGAGGAAGCAGUGGGGCAAGCAACAGUUUCUCUCCAUUUAAAGCAACAGACACAAAAAAAAUUGGUAGUUUCGUUGAGACCUGAAAAUUAUGGGUAUUGGGGGUGGGGUGGGGGGGGUCACAUCAGUAUCUACGGGUUGUUUGUUGGCUUCAAAUUUCUCAACAGGUUAGACAGCGGGCCGCCUAAUUGAUCUUGCCGACUGGUUUUAUAUGGUCCAAUACCAUUACUAACAUAGCAAAGUAUGCGUUUGUAGCUUCAGCUAACACAUUGUUUUAACUUUUUUUUAUUUUUACACUUUUUCAGAGCCCACUGCAUCUUUAGAAAUCUACACGUUAACUGACAAAUGUUUUACAGUUUCGUUUAACUAAACGGGUGUCCUAGAACAACCAUUUGUAGUCAUGAAAAACUUCCUAGAGACAACUGUGUCUAUUUAUAGUGCAUGUUAGAGGGGAGCUCUUUCUUUUGAGGGGAAGUGUUUUUUGUCAGGGAGGUUUAGAGGCCAAGUUUGAAGAUGGUGAAAUAAUGUGUUGCUAUCUAUAGUGUUUUAUUUGUUUGUUGUUUUUUUGUUUUUUUUUUGUUUUUUUUUUUUGCAUUGAAAUACAUUAGCCUACAAGUUGACUAUUGAUGCAUAACUGUUAAAACUGUAUGAUUUGUACACUGUAUUAAAACAAAAUACAACUUCCAUUAGAAGUUGUUUGUACUGGAUCCUUAAAUGAAAAUCUUGACA